AUGGUCUGGUUAGGUGCAUGUGCAGAAGGCUUGACAGUGCCGGUAAUUUUCGAAGAUGGGACGAUGGAUGCUCAAAAAUACAUCAAGGAAGUUCUUCCAAUAGCUUUAAAAUCCGGCAAAAAAAUGUUAGGAAAUAAUUGGACUUAUCAGCAAGAUGGUGCAACACCUCACACACAUCGUCUUAGCCAAAAAUGGUGUGCUGAUCAUUUUCCUGAAUUCAUUCCCAAGAUCCGUUGGUCAUCAAAUUCACCUGAUUUAUGUCCAUUUGACUACAGCUUAUGA